CAAUUUCCCGGUGAACUGCAUAUUAAUGGCUCUUCAUUCCAAGAUACAAGCUCGUCCGACCUCAAAGCUGGUGGAGACUUUGCGUUUCAUAAGGAUCAAUGCCAAGAAUUUAAAGCCCUUGAGACCGGAGAUCAUCAUUUGGUGGAGACACAAUUUCCCUAUGAAUCUUACUCAACGAGCUUCGUAACACCUGAUCGGCUGUCGGAUCGCCUAAUUGAUGCCCCUCUUAAUGAAGCUGAUAACACUAAUCAGCGGUUUGAGGAUUCUCAAGUAAUGUACACCUCACCACAAAUAAACUGGGGACAUCCUCUCGGCUUGCCGGCGCCGGCAUUACCUAGCCUUGAUGGUAAUUUUUUAAAUUUUUCUUCUCAAUUCAGCGCAUUUGUAUAUUCCAUCUUUGAUCAGCUUCUUUUAUACUUUGAGCACGCCGUGUCCCUUCUUGAUAAUUUUUUUGUGAACUUCAAAAAGUUUUUCGACUUUAGUCACCUUUCUUUCCACCAUUGA